AUGGCUUCAUCUGUUACAACAGAGGAUCUAAAAGCAUUUCACGCAAUGGACAGAGACCUCUACAAGCGACUUGUUAUCGACAGUGGUCGAGACAUGUUAAAAAGUAUGCAUGUAAUCGCAUUCUGGUUAUUUCUUGAAGAGAUUGGUUACCCCAAUGUGGUACAGAAAUUGCUAGGGACACAUGAUGCAGUGGUUAACUUCGUACUUAAUGAGGGAAUUCAUUGCCUUGACUGUCUCAAAUCUGUUACGCCACCUAUGCCGGUGGUUAACGUUUCUGACUUACCAUUAACCCAGGAGUUAAUGGGGAACAAGGCGAUAAGCUUAUCUUUGGCAUAUCAGUACAGGGAUAGUGCCCUAACUCGGGUAAAUCAGACUGUGAAUGAAGUGUUUGUCAGGGCGUUUGAUGAUAUAGUACGAGAUGUUUGGGCUCUCAAGAACUUAUGA